GCGCAUGUGCGAAAGAAGACCCUAGAGAAACUUCAGGAGGAAAACGCUAUAACCUAUCCUCUGAAUUCUAACCUAAUCUGUCUGUGUCUACACGUGUUUUGUGAUGGAGAGUCAUGACAUUCACGUAAUUUCGACAUAAUCGAUGUCAGUCUAGCGUUUUGCUGUAAGUAUCGUGAGACUCCAAAAUGUCACGAAUAACCGAUGCGAAGGAAGUGAUCCUGACGAGUGACUCCACCGGGGAAAGUUGGAGCGCCGCGGUAUGGGAUCCCCGAAAUGGUUCUAUGUUGUCCGUCUUCAAAAACGCGUCUGCACUUGGCCACCGCACUCUUCAGCUUCUGAGCGACAGCUACGUGUUGGGUGCCAAUGCCACGAAAGCGCGUUUACACAUCUGGCCGCUGAACAGCCCGUCACCCUUGCCCAACAUUCGUCUAAACACAUCGGGUAAAGUGAACGCCCUGACUUGCACGCCGAAUGGUUCCUACAUAAUCGCCUCGGUAGACGAACAGCUGUUCAUUUGGCAGACCUGCACCGGUAGAUUGCUGGCCAAUUUAACCAGGCACUAUCAGCCUGUUUGCUGUCUGGCAAUCACGAAGGACGGAUCGUUAUUCGCUAGCGCCGGCGAGGAUGGUCUGGUGUUCGUAUGGUCUCUCUACAAAGCGAUAAACGACAAGCAAGACUAUUCUCCAGUUCAUACUUUUUCUAAUCAUAAUAUGCCAGUCAAAGAUAUGCACUUUGGCUUUGGCGGCGCUCGCUCGAGAUUAUACACGGUCUCGUUGGAUCGAAGAGCCAAUAUCUACGAGCUCGGUAGCGGAGCUCUUUUGGUUUCAUUGAUAUUCGAAAUGCCGCUUACAGCGGUCAUCGUGAAUUCCCGUGAGAGCGAACUCUUCGUGGGCUGCACGACCGGUGACAUAUUCCAGUGUAAUUUGCACGAACCGCCACGCGGAAUCGAGCAGCACGUGGCAAAGGACGACGAGAAAAUAAUGUUCAGAGCUCACAAGUCGCACGUCACUGCCCUGUCAAUAUCCGUAGACUGUCGUACUCUGUUGUCCGGAUCUACCGAUGGAGCCGUCCAUAUCUGGGACAUUGUCAGUCGGCAGGUACUCAAAACGAUUGAGCAUAAAGGGCCAGUUACCGCCGCAUUCUUCGCAAAAGGGUUUGAAAACUUUCGCGCUUCUACUCUCGAGCCGCGCUUGGAGGUGCGUAAUCUGCAAAGGACGUUAGAAGCCGAUGACGAGCUCGAAUCGGAAGACAUUAUCGAAGUAAUUUCCAGAGGACGAAAUCCGGCAGAGAUUCUGGACUUUCAAUCCUAUGUGGGAAAUACCGUAAAUACCGUUGAUUCUUCAGAACAGGAAGAAUUGAUAAAACAAUUGAGGGAAGAGAUUAAGAUGCUGAAAAAGACUAACGCAAGCUUAUUUAAGUAUAGUGCCACGCAUAUUCUGCAAAAAGCAAACGAUAAGUGAUGGACGAUAUUAGAGUUAUAAUAAAGAUUUUAUCUUCCUUUGAAACGAACUGAAAAUGUAAUUACAUUUUA